AUGAAUAGAUUCAGAUGCACAUCAUCUGCAGAUUCUCCCCACACACAGUUUGGCAGCUACUGGGCCCAGAUGAACUCCUGGAUUUGUGGGCUCCCCAUUCUGUUCUUGAGUGCCUAUUUUAUUACCAGCAGUGUUGGGGACUCUAACAUGGAACUGAGGUUGACCAAUGGAAGCAGCAGUUGUGAUGGAAGAGUGGAAGUGAAAUUCCAGGGCCGCUGGGGUCUGGUGUGCAAUGAUGGCUGGAGCAGAAAUGAGAUGUCUGUGAUCUGCAAGCAGCUGGGGUGUCCAUCUACCAUUAAUAUUUCUCAGGAGCAGAACUGGACUGUUGUACCUGGACUCUUCUGGCUGGCUAAUGUUUCCUGCUAUGGGAAUGAAUCUUCUCUCUGGGAUUGUAGACACGAUGGCUGGAGAGAGCAUGAUUGCACUCACAGUCAGUAUGUCCAAGUAUCUUGCACAGACGAAGCUGACUUGGAACUGAGACUGGCAGAUGGCGCUAACCAUUGUGAGGGCAGAGUGGAGCUGAAAGUUCGAGGAGAGUGGGGGACUGUGUGUGACGAUAAUUGGGGCAGUAAGGAAAGUUCCAUAGUGUGUAGACAGAUGGGAUGUGGAUCCGUUCUUCAUUUCCUUGGGAAUAACAAGAAUGGAUCUGGACCCAUUUGGCUUGAUGAAGUUUCCUGCCUUGGGAAUGAAUCCGCUCUGUGGAACUGCCGCCACAAUGGAUGGGGACAGCAUAAUUGUAAUCACGAAGAGGAUGUGUUUGUCAUCUGCUCAGACGGAGCAGAUCUGACCCUGAGGCUGGGUGAUGGGACGAGCACCUGUUCAGGGCGAGUGGAGGUGAGAGUACAUAACGAGUGGGGAACUGUCUGUGACGACAACUGGAACAAGGAUGCUGGGGCCGUAGUAUGUAGGCAAGCGGGGUGUUCAUCUGCUAUGAUCGCCCUCAUCAGCAUUAAUGCUAGUUAUGACAUUGAAGCCAUCUGGUUCGAUGAUGUCUCCUGCAAUGGGAAUGAGUCUGCGCUCUGGGACUGCAAACACAGAGGAUGGAAAACCCACGACUGUGGACACAGGGAGGAUGUUGGAAUGAUGUGUGUAGACUCCUCUGACCUGGAGCUGAGGCUUUUUGGGGGAAGCAGCCAGUGUGCUGGGAUAGUGGAGGUAAGAGUCCGUGAGGAGUCCGGAGUCGUGUGCCGAGGAGACUGGUCGAUGGAAGAGGCCACUGUGGUGUGCAGGCAGCUGGGCUGUGGAGUGGCCGUCAACAUCCCCGUGGAGCACACUUUUGGAGACAUCUCUGAGCAUAUCUGGAUCAAAGGAAUCAAAUGCUUUGGAAAAGAGAAAUCUUUCUGGGAUUGUGGGAAUUGGGAAUGGGGAAAGAGUGCCUGUCAUGAAGAGGAAAAAGCUGCUGUCGUCUGUUCAGGCCACUUGCAGCCUCGACUAAGUGGAGGGGACUUUCCCUGCUCAGGAAGAGUGGAAGUGAAGCACCAAGGCAGCUGGGUCUCUGUCUGCAGUUCUGACUUUCCUCUGCAGAUGGCCAGUGUGUUGUGCCAGGAGCUGCAGUGCGGCAGCCCAGUCUCCAUCCUGGAAGGUGUUCACUUCGGAAAAGGAGAAGGAGAUGGCCAGAUCCUGAGCGAGGAGCUGCGGUGUAAAGGCGAUGAGCCUCAUAUCGCACUGUGCCCCACGGUGCCCAUUCACAACCGGAAGUGCAACGCUGACAUGACCAUUGGCCUGAUCUGCUCAAGGUACACAGACUUCCGGCUGGCGGAUGGCAGCUCCAGCUGUGACGGGCGAGUUGAGAUCCGGCUCCAAGGGGUCUGGGGAAGCCUCUGUGGCUCCCACUGGGAUCUGGCCAAUGCCAACGUUCUCUGCAACCAGCUUAACUGUGGAGUUGCUGUCUCAGUCUCUACAGGGGUGCAUUUUAGAGAAGCAAGAGGCCCUGUCUGGGGGCACGUAUUUCAUUGCGCAGGGACUGAGCCCCAUCUGGAGACUUGUCCAAUGACUGCCUUGGGAGCCUCACUUUGUUCUCCCACAAAUAUCGCUUUUGUCAACUGCUCAGGAAACCAGCGGGGUGUACAAGUCCAAUGCCACGGUGCCCAGCCACCUCCCUGCUCAGAUCCAGACUCUGGUGGAAUCUUCAGGCUCUCCAUUUGCUCGCCUCUUCUUUCCACUUUGACUGGGACGCCAGCCUCGCGCCACCACAGGUCCCCACCCUGCCCCCUCUCCGGCACAUCCCCAAACCAUCCUCUUAAAGCCCAGACGGCACCAUUUCACUUCCCUGAGCUGAGGCAGAUCCGCCUGGUGAAUGGGGGAGAUCGCUGUGCUGGAAGAGUCGAGGUCUACCACGAGGGCGUCUGGGGCACUAUCUGUGAUGACUCUUGGGACCUAAAUGAUGCUCGGGUGGUGUGCAGGCAGCUCGGUUGUGGGGUGGCCUUCAAUGCCACUGUCUCUGCUUACUUCGGAGCUGGAACCGGCCCUAUUUGGCUGGAUGAUAUGAACUGCUCUGGGAAUGAAUCCGAGGUGUGGCAGUGUCCGUCCAGUGCCUGGGGUCAGCAUGAGUGCAGGCACAAGGAAGAUGCCGGAGUUCUUUGCUCAGAGGUCGUGUCUCUGAGGCUACUCGGUGAGUCCAACACCCAGGCCUGUGCAGGACGGCUGGAAGUCUUCUACAAUGGGACGUGGGGCAGCAUUGGCAGACGUAACAUGACUGCCGUCACCGUGGGAGUAGUCUGCAGGCAGUUAGGCUGCGGGGACAAUGGGACUCUUGACCCUGCUCCUACAGACGAGGCAAGUUCCAGAACCAUGUGGGUCAGUGGCGUUCAGUGUCCUAAUGGACCUACCUCCCUUUGGCAGUGUCCAUCAGAUCCAUGGGAGAAGAGACUGGGCAGUGCAAGAGAGGAGGCCUGGAUCACAUGUGUUGGCAGAGUCCGAGUCCGAGGAGGAGACUCCCAGUGUUCAGGGCGUGUGGAGGUCUGGCACGAAGGCUUUUGGGGCACAGUGUGUGAUGACUCCUGGGACCUGGCUGAUGCUGAGGUGGUCUGUCAGCAGUUAGGCUGUGGCUCGGCCCUGGCUGCCCCAGGAGAUGCUGCAUUUGGCCGAGGAAUUGGGCCCAUCUGGCUGAAUAAUGUUCGUUGCAACGGAAAUGAGUCUUCUCUGUGGGAUUGUCCUGCUGAUCACUGUGAGCAGACAGAUUGUGGGCACAAAGAAGAUGCUGGGGUCAGGUGCUCAGGUGUUCCCAUGUCCACAGAACCUCGGGAAGCCUCAGAUCACAAAGCCAUCAAAAUGUUUUGGAUCCUUGGGGUCAUUCUGAUAAUGCUGCUCCUGCUUGCUUUCUUCCUGUGGUCCAAGGCUAGAAGAUGGACGUACCACGUCAGAGUAGGGAAUUUUCUUCAGGAAGUUCUUUACAAGAACAUGGAUGUUCACCAGAAGGGGGAAGAAGAUCUACAUCUAUUCAACCACCCAGAGUCUCCUAAUGGCUUAAGUGGUGGCCCAAGAUCUGAUUCUGAAGUUGCUGGAGAAGUCUUUGAGCCUGAACCACUUCCCAUUUCCUGGAUUAACAAAAAGGAUACUUUGGCACUUCCAGAAGAAUGGAGCAGGAACAGAAAUUCUACAAGUCAACAUCUACAAUUUCUUGAAAGAGACACCACCUUCUGAAGAGAAAUUAGAUAAAAUCAUCCCUUUUAUAAAACACCAUUAUUUCUCUGAAUAUGACUAAAAGCCC